AUGAGUGGCCCAGAAAGUUGCGUUUGUCUCUACAUCAGAAACCUAGUAUCAACACUAACAAAUAAAAAACAGUUCAAAACAACAGCAGCCGAGCUCCAAAAGCUGACUGCAACCUUCGGCAUUGGUGCCGAAAAAUUCCUGCUUGGAGUUUUCCUUCAAGACAUCGAUUUCAAAGACCCAAGGAUUUCCUCAGGUGGCAAGGACCAGUUCAAGGUCCAGUUUCUCAACCAAGCCAUCACACAUUUUUCAGCAAAGCCUGCAUUUUUGGACUACUUCUCACAGGUAUUCCCGUCAGGCGACAUUGAAGAGUUUUUCGAAGACUUUUCCCGCAAUCUGCAUCUGACUUUGCCUGUCCAGAUCCUUUUGGCUUUAAGUCUGGCCUUGUCGAGCACUCCGCACGUCUCUCGGGCAGGGACAGUAAUCUUGAAGAACAAGCUGAAGGAAUAUUGCGCACAAGGCAAGCCACAGAGGAUUCCAGCCUACGCAAUUCACUCGAUACUGUUUGUGCUGAGGAAUUAUCCUGAGUUCACAGAGGAAGCAGCAUGUGGAGAGUGAAUUGAGUUUUUGCUGCUGGGAAACCAAAUUGAUGAAAGGAUUUACUACUUGCCCUUGCUGAAAGAAGGAAAGGAGACGUAUAAUCUGCCAGAAGUGAGGCCGACACUGAUGAAUGAAAUCAAGAGCUCACUGGCGCUGUCGGAGGUGCUAGAAGAUUUAGGACCGCUUUGUACACAAAGUCCAGUUACUCUAACUCUUAGAAUAUCAUUUACAAUUUUGCUAAAAUGCAUUAAAAUGAAAUACUUAAACCUAAAAAGAUAUUAAAUGAAGAAUUCUUUUAUUACAGUAAAACAUAAUUAAUUAUAAAUAUUUUUAAUAUGAUUAUUAAAAAAUAUGAGAUUAUCUAUAUAAAUGAAGGGAUAAGAGAAGUGUUUAUGGAGUUUCCAGAUAUUAAAGAAGCAGAGAUGGCUGAAGCUCUUGCUAUGAUGUGCGAAAAAACUUCAGACACUUUAGACCAAGAGAGCAGAGUUAUUUCUGCUGUUUAUUCUUCAGUACACCAGGAAGCAUGGCAAGCCUUGACAUCAGAGUUCUCAGAAAAGAAAUCAAUCACCAACUGGAACCUCGACAUUUUCAGCAAGACUGUCAGAGAAAACUACACCUUGCAGUGGGAAUUAGUAGUUGAGCUGCUCGAUAUCCCAAGAUUUGUAAUUAAAAACGAGCAAGCUUUUGUGCUGUUGACAACCUUGUAUUACAAAAUCACUGGAAAGAAGUUCCCAAUAAUGCCCUUCUUCAAGCUUUGGAAGAAUCCAAGAGGCCAGGUCUCCUUUUUAAUGCAUGCAAUCUACUCCAGUGUCUCUUCAGAAAUCUUCAAUUUUUCUGACACUCCAAAUAAGGUACCGAUUGAAGAAAUCGCUAUGCAGCCAGACGUAAAAUGCAUAAUCCAAGCCUUACUUUCACUAGACUUACUUAAAGUGCUGAUCGAGCUCUCAGUCACAGAGUUUUACCCAAGCAUACGCAAUUUACUGAUCAAUGAAGCCAAACAUUUCCCAGACAUCUUAAUCAUUGGGCUUUCUAUGAUCAAGCCAAGCCGUGGCCACCAUUUGCUGACAGAGCUCAUAUCAAUGAUGAUGCCUCAGUUCAUGACCCCACAAACCACGAAUCCUAUUGUUUUACAAACAAUUUGGACACAUAACCCUGAUUUAAUUAUCAAAGGAGCCAUAGAGUACUAUGAAAAAGACCCAACUUCGCUGGCGUUAAGCAACUUGCUGGACCUCACACAAGAAAUCAGAGACUCUCUAUUGAAGUUGGUCGCUUGUGAUAAUCACAAGUUUACAGCCCAUUUCGGCCUUCUUGCGAGCAAACGAGAUUUUUUGCAUUUAGAGCACUGAAUCAACGAGAGACUGGCCAAUGGGAAAAGUGGCUUUAUCAUUGCUUUGCUUGACUAUAUUGAAGAUUUCGUCCUCAAGCCAUCUGCUGAAGCCAAAGAUCCCAAACAAAUAGAAGCCAUUCUAGACAAAGCCCAAAUAACGAAAGAAGCCUUAGUCAUAAUUUUUGAGAAGCUUAUAGACGCCCAGCCUUCUCAAGAGCUGCAGAAAAGAGCUUAUGAAGUCUACAACAAUGUGAUCAAACAGUUCCCUGAAAUCAAGCCUCCAAAUCUGCAAGAAGACGUUGAUGAGAAGGCAAACUUGUUUUUCCAACAGCUUUAUUCAGAAGAAAUCAGCGUUGCUGACUUCAUUGUCCAAAUGAAGAAGCUCAAAGGGUCAGCGAACAAGCAUGAGACUGAUAUUUUUGAGUGCGUCAUUAAUAACCUCUUUGAUGAAUUUAGGUUCUUCCAUAAGUACCCAGAAAAAGAGCUGAGAAUCACAGGAGAGAUCUUCGGAGCCAUGAUCAAGUCUGGGGUACUGGUAAGUGUCCACCUGUUUGUAGGCUUGAAGCACAUAGUUAUGGCACUCAAAAAGCCUAGAAGCAAACUGAGCAGAUUUGGAUUUAUUGCUUUGGAGCAGUUUAAAGACCGCCUCAGUGAGUGGCCAAACUUCUGCAGCGAGCUGCUAGCUGUGGAGAACUUGCAAGAAGAGCAGCCUGAAUUUGUAAAGUGGCUGCAAAGCAUCAAAAAUAAAACCAGCGCAGCCCCUGAAGAUCCGCCAGCAGCACACGAAGAGCCUGUAAUCCUGACUGAUAACCCUCCUGGGAUUCCUAAGCCCCCAGAAACUGCGCCUCAGCCAGUAUGGAAAUCUCCAAUCGAAGAAGUUUCUGAUCCCAGCAUUCCUGACGCCACAAAAGACCGAAUCAUGUUUAUCAUAAACACCACAGAUCUUCAAAAGCUGGAAGAAAAAGCCAGCGAGCUUCGGAAAAUUUUAACUGAGGACGAAAACACAAAUAUCCCCUGGUUCGCAAAUUAUUUAGUUGUAAAAAGAGUUUCCCAAGAAAUCAAUUUCCAAGAACUUUACUUAAAGCUCUUAAAAGCUGUAGAUAUAAAGAAAGUGUAUUCAUCUGUGCUUAAUGAGACUUAUUAUGCAAUUUGGAAGCUGCUUACUUCUCAUAAAGAGCUUGAAGACAGCGACAGAAAAGUCCUGAACUCUUUAGGAGCUUGAAUUGGGUCGCUAACCUUAGCUAGAAACAAGCCUAUUUUGCUUAAGCAUCUUGACUUAAAAGAUUUAGUUAUAAAAGCAUAUGAAGAAGGCACGCUGCUAGCAAUCAUUCCAUUUGUAUGCAAUGUCCUGAAAAGCUGCGCAAACUCUGAAGUGUUUAAUAGCACAAAUCCUUGGGUCAUUUCUAACCUAUCACUUCUAGUAGAGCUCAAAAGCAAGCCUGAACUCAAGCUUAGGAUUGUCAGUGAAAUCGAGCUGCUUUUUAGACUCUUAAAGCUCAGCCCAGACGAUUUCCCAAAAACCAACCUUCUUGUUGCAAAAGAGACUAAGAAAACUCAAGACUUUGCUAUUAAAGAAGCACAGAGCCCACAAGAAACCAUCCAGUUGUCAACUGAGCAAGGGAUUUUGUCAUCUCUUCCAAGCUACGUCACUGUUUCUCCUAAACUAGCUGAGCUGUAUUCUGAGCCUGAGCUGAGAAGGAUGAUUGCCCUUGCAAUUGAAAAAGCUAUUAAAGAAAUCAUUCAACCAAUUGUACAGAGAAAUGUAAAUAUAGCGCUGAUUACCACUAAGGAACUAGUAUUGAAGGAUUUCGCGUUUGAAAAAGAUGCUAAUAAACUGCAACAGGCUUCAGUUUGGGUAGUUAAAAGUUUGGCUGGAAGCCUUGCACAGGUUACAUCAAGAGAGCCAUUCAGAGUGCAUGUUGUGAAUUUCUUGGCAGAAAUUUUAAGGACUAGCACAACUCUUAAUAAUCAGACUCUCAAACAAAUCGUCUAUAUUCCAUAUGAUCAAAAUAUUUUGAUAGCAUGACAUUUCCUAACUCCCCCCCCCCCUCCGUGAGCGAACAAAACCAUUAGAAAAAUCCCUAUUUUUUGGUCAAAAACCCCACCCUCCGUGAGCGAACAAAAAAUUUUUUUACAUAUAAUUUUAUAUAUAGUUUAUUAUAUCUAUAUUUAAUACAAAUAAAGAGGAUAAUAUUGAAAAAUAAUUAUUAAGUUUGUUUGAUAUAUUAUUCAAAGGGUUAAAAAAAAGAAUACCAUAAGUGAAAAGGUUGAAUUUAACAAUUUUAAAUUUAAGACAAAAAAAUGAAUAGAAGAAAUCGAUUAGAUAAUUAACUUCUUCAUAUUAACUUGAUGGCUGAAAAAUCUUUGGAUGAUUAACGCCAUAAGAACCCGUCAACUCAAAUGAUUUUCUGACAAGUUGAGGGCUUACAGCAUCUCACGCCUUUGAAGCAAUGUUUAUCAGUUGCUGGCGAUCAAGAGCAAGCAGCCUUAGAUAACUUACUCCUUCUUUUUUUAAGAGCAACAAUUUUUUUAAAAAUUAUUUUGAUAUAAUCUGAUUGCAAUAAUGAAAUUUGUAUUUGAUUCUAUUAAAUUUGUGCUCUAAGACAUAAAUUUGAUUAAUAAGAUCAAUUUUUUAUAUAAAAAAAUUAUAAAAAAAUUAAUAAAAAAUAUCUUCUUAGUUUCCGAACAAAAUGCAAAGGGAAAGAGUUAGAACUUGGCUGUGGACUAAUUGCAAAAAUAGUUAUUGAAAAAGCAGUUAGUGAUGUAGGUCAAGAAGAGACUUUGAAAGACGCUUUUCAAAUGAGAAGAAUUAGUGGAGAUAAAUUCUAUGACGAAAACGCAGCUGCAAGAAGCAGAGCUGUCCAGUUUCUCCCUGACAAUCUAAAGCCAAAACUUUCAGGCCUGACAAAAGAGCAAUUCCAAGUGUACCAUGACUUUGUGAACAUCAUAGAAAACCCCAAGAAAAUAUCCCAAUCUCAGCCAGCUCCUCCAGCGAAAUCUUCUCCAUCCCCAGAAGCCAAGCCUGACAGCUCUCCUCAAAGCUUGAAAUUUGAUGACCAGCUAGAGCAGGCUGAAUCUAUAAUGGUAGCUAAAAAUGACAUUGAAGACCCAGAAGUGCAGCAAGCCAUUUCUAACGUCACUCUUUCCGCAAUCGCUUCUAACAGCAAGACUGAAAGUGCAUCCUUAUGCGCCCAGAAGCUCUUCAGACGAAUGUACACCACUGACGACUUGACUUCCUUUUACAUCCAAAUUUUACAAAAUAUCAAAAACCAGCAGAGGAGCAUCACCAAAGAAAUCACUUCAUGGCUCAUUUCUAGUGAAGACAGCAAGAGAUUCUACUGGCCUGUUACAAGCGAAAUCAUCAAAGGCGAUCUUAUUCAGCUGAAUGAGUUUGACAAGAUAAUGGGCAAAGCUAUUGAAAAUGAUAAUCAGAUGGCUAUUCAGUUCGCUGUCAGACUUAUCAAAGAAAUGCUUCUCAGCAGCAGAGUGGUUGCAAAUACUGAAGUCCAGGAGACGGUGGCUGCACUGAGAGCUGCAAAAGAUAGGUUUUCAGGGAAUGAUGAGCUUGGAAGAGUCGCUAUAGGUCUCAAUGAAAUUUCGUCUGAGUCAAGAACGGUCCCAACAAUGUCAGCUGAGAAAGCAAGGCUGAGGGAAGUAAUUGAAGGGAAAUUCAACGAGUGGCUAAAUCUUACACUUGAAGAACCUUUUAUUAAUAGCGAAAAAGUACCCACAUUUGUGAAGAGUCUUGAGCCACUUGGGCUACUUAAUUUUGAUGACAAAAUUGAAUUUUUCUUCAAAACUAUUGCAGAAAUCGCAAUUUCUAGGAGCAGAUUUACUGAUGAGGCAUAUUAUGCACCAAUUGAUAGCUUUACAAAACUUUCGCAAGUCAUCAUUGUGCUUGCUAGAUCCUCACAGAAAUCAAAAAUAUUACUUCGCCGGCAAUUAAAAAUUAACUUUGUUCGAAAUUAUUUUUAGUGACUCAUAAAAUAUUCAAAAAAUUAACUAAAAAUUUAAUUUCGAAAAAUUAAAACAAUUAGCUAGGUUUCUAUCAGUUAGCUGUAAAAUAGAAAAUUCGAUAUAGAAUUAUUUUCUCAAAACUCUGUAUCAUCUUGCUACAGUGAGGUGGGUUAGGAAAAGUACUUUCAGCUGUAAAAUCAUUGAUAGUUUCUGCAGCAUCUGAACCAAUAUUUAACCAAAGACCAUACUUUAGGAUUUUACUAGACAUUUUGACUGAAUCAACUCAGCCAAAUGUCGUGUUCCCAGAUCAGGUUCUAGUGCAAGAGCUCUUGCUUCCAAUUGCAAAAAUAUUCCACGAGCUCAACCCUUGUCGAGUCCCAGCAUUUGCCUUCAGUUGGCUCGAGUUGAUAUCCCAUCGUUUCUUUUUACCAAAGAUGCUGCGAACAGUUAACAUUUCUGCUGAAAGAAGAGUGCCAUCCACACACUGGAAAAAGAUGCACUUGCUGCUUAUGGAUCUCUUUAAGUUCAUAUAUCUAAACUUUAGCAAAGUUCCUCUCACCGAAUCUCUCAAGGCGUUUUACCAAGGAGUCCUAACUCCCCCCUUUUUAUUUUAUUAAAACAUCACGUUUUUUUUUGGUAUUUCAACCCCCUUUAAAUUGAGACAAUUUUUUUUCAGUAGGAAAAUUUAAUGAUGAUGACCUAAUUUAAUAGACAAAAUGCAAGUAGAAUGGAUUUUUUGUUUCAAUUUAAAAGGGAGGAGUAAGGAUGCUGCUUAUUUUGAUGCACGAUUUCCCUGAAUUCUUAUGUGACUAUCAUUCUGACUUCUGUGACUAUAUUCCAGAACACUGCUGCCAAAUGAAAAACUUGGUCUUAAGUGCAUAUCCAAGAACAAUGAGGGUGCCUUUGCCUUUUACCCCUAACUUGAAAGUCGAUUUAUUGCCAGAAAUGAACGUUUCUCCUAACAUUUUAUCCUCAUACAAAGAAAAAUUGUCAUUUUUAAGCGUGAAAGAUGAUAUCGAUAGAUACUUCACUGCAAGAGAUGCCAUCUGUGUCAAAGAAAUUUGCAAUAAAAUGAUGAUCCCAGACCCCUCAACUCCAGCAGAACUAAUAAUCCGAGCUAAUGUGAUUGUUAUCAAUGCAUUUGUGCUUUACGUCGCAGAGUGGGCACUCUCAGAAGGUGGAAAUCAGCGUGAUGCCAACGAUUUGUUUUUAACUCCCCCCCCCCCCCGUCCGUGAGCGAACAAAAAAAUUUUGUUCGCUCACGGAGGGGGGUUAAUUUUUUUUUUUUAAAAACAAUUUAUAUAUAAAUUUUAUAAAAAAUAUUUUUUUCGAAAUUUAAAAAAAUCCUAAUUUGCAAAAAUUGGGAAGCAAAUAUUAAUUUAAUUUGCAAAAUUUAUGUUUUAAAACGCAAUUUGUUUAAAAUUAAACAGAAUUAGCUCUAGAUUUCAUUAUACUAAUUAUCACUUAUAUAUCAAAAUUUUUUUCCAUUAAAAUUUUUUCUAUUAAAAAAAAUUUUUGUUCACUCACGGAGGGUGGGUUUUUGGUCAAAAAAUGGCGAUUUUUCUAAUGGUUUUGUUCGCUCACGGAGGGGGGGGGGAGUAAGCAUUCUUCUAAACCUCGAAAAUGAAGCGAGAAAGCACUUUAUUAACGCUAUUGCCAAUCAGCUGAGAUAUCCUAACUCUCACACUCAGUUCUUCUCAUGUGUUCUUUUCUUCCUAUUCUCUGAAUGCAAAAAGCCAAUUAUUGAAGAACAGAUCUCAAGAGUCCUAACUGAAAGAGCCAUUGUCCAUAGACCACACCCUUGGGGAAUCCUAAUCACACUGAUAGAACUUAUUAAAAACCCAAGAUACGAGUUUUUGAAGAAGCCAUUCACUCGCUGCACCCCUGAAAUAGAAAGACUAUACGAAAAGAUGAGCAAGAAUUGUGUGCCAGGGCCACUGUCACAGAUACUUAAUAGUUAG